AUGGAUCAGGUACAUACUCGGGCCAUGGAGGCCCUUCAACCUUUUGUCCAUCUAGCCAACUCUAACAGUGCCAAGUCGCCUCGAUUUGUCGCCAAUCUCAUCACAAAUGCUACCUCCAGUCCAAACACAUACGUCUUUGCCGAGUUGUUGGAGACACCCGCUAUACAGGCCCUUCGGUCAAAGGACGUUCCCGAGGAAUUCCAUGGAUAUUUGACUCUUCUUGAGGUCUUUGCCUGGGGCACAUGGCAAGAUUAUCAAGCGACGCCAAAUCUACCCUCACUAAACGACGAGCAAACAUUGAAGCUUCGUCUUCUAUCUCUUCUGUCUCUCUCUGCCACCGUUAAACCCCUCGCCUAUGAAACGCUCAUGGAUUCCCUAUCGAUCUCGGCCCCCGCCGAUCUCGAGUCCCUCGUUACCACCGCCAUCUAUUCCUCUCUCAUUACUGCUCGCCUCUCCCCCACCACCAACCCACCCACCGUCAAUGUGACCUCGGUGGCUCCCCUGAGAGACGUGAAGCCUCAGUCCCUGUCGACGAUGAUUUCCGUACUGGCUAACUGGGAGACUCGCUGCGGCGACGUCAUCACCGACAUCGAGGCGGAAAUUGCAAGAAUCAAGACUAACUCCGCAAAGCGUCGCGCUAAGGAACGCGAGCAUGCCGAGCUCUUCGAAAAGACACUGUCCAACUGGCCGGCCAUCAGUGCGGACUUGGUUGGGUUUGAGUCGGGUCGGUUCACGGGGUCUAAGAAGCACGGCUCGCAGGGAGGGCCAAGGGGUGGCAGUGGUGGCGGAGGUGGCCCCGGGGGGUAUGUAGGAAGCAAGCGUGAAUUUAACGCGGAUGACUUGGAUGACGAUGAUGGCUACUGGGAGAAUGGGUCAGAGGGCGCCUUGGAAUCAUAUGUCACUAGCUCAAGGAUGGAUAUCGAUGAAGGCAUAGGCUCAUCUAGGGCAGGACCCGGAAGUGCUGCGACUCGCCAUGCAAAGCGAGUUUUGGGGAAGAAAUCAUAG